AUGGCGAAACGAUCCUGGUCAGACUCCAACGGGCCAGCUCCUCCUGGGGCGGCCGAUGCGAAUGCGACACCAGCCGUGCCUGUAACGCCUGCGCGCUCCAAUGGAAACAGCAACGGCACGCGACAGAGUGGAAAUCGACAGAGCAUCAGUGGUCUCAUAUCCAAUGAUCUCCCCAUCCCUCAGAUCUCUCGCAAGAUCAAGGCCUGCGCAGCAUGUCGAAAACACAAGAUCAAGUGUUUGAUGGAUGAGAGUGGUCCACCGUGUCGGAGAUGUUCUGAGCGAAAUUUGGGGUGUGUCUUGAGCAAGAGCUUGCAGACCAUCAUUGAUGAGAAGUCACAAUUCUCUGAAGCAGUGGUCCAAGAUCUUGAGCAGAUACAUUCCGCUCUCAGGCAGGUCAUGACGAAACUGAGUCUUCCCGAACUUCCCCCAUUGCAGAGCGCCAAUUCCCGAGAUACAGAGGGAACACCUCCCAAGGAAGACAAUCCCGCUAAUGCGACAAACCGCCUCUCCGCCUCUCAAGAAGAGCAUCAUGGCCCUUCGUGCGACAAUUCCCCAAAGGCGACCCCUGAAGACGAAGGCCUUCCAUAUGUGCCUAUUCACUCUCUAUAUACUCUCACCAAACUCAGUGCUCUGCGUUCACCGGAUAACUCAGAAGCUCAACGAGGUCGUGCCAUUGACGACUUCAUUGCCCGUGGAGCACUGGCCUUGUCUGACGCGGAGAGCCUGUUUGCUCUAUACCGCGAUCGCCUUGAUCGAUAUAUGUACGGCAUUGGCUGUCGGUACAUGACACUGGACGAGCUCAGGCGGAAGAGUCCGAUUUUAUCAGCCGCAACCUUGACUGUAGCUGCGCUCCACGACCCCAAGGCUGAUGGCAUUUACGGCAUCUGCAGCAGCGAAUUCCGCCGACUGAUGGAGAAGUCUAUGUUUGAGCGGCGCAUUGACCGCGACUAUCUACGGGCCAUGUGUGUAGCCUCUUAUUGGCUCAGUGACCUUUCGUGGAUGCUCUCAGGAUACGCGAUUCGACGUGCUGCGGAGUGCAAUCUACAUAACAGCUAUAAUCAGGCCAUCAAGGAGCAGAGCCAGGAGGCGGCAGAUUGUGCACGGUUAUGGUACAUUCUUUACAUCUGCGACCAACACCUUGCGACUCUCUACGGGCGACCAUCUAUUGUCCAGGAGGACUCGUCUAUCCAGGGAUGGGAGAACUUUCUUGAGUCUCCCGUGGCUACCGAGGAGGAUAAGCGUCUUACUGGACAGGUGGCCUUGGUUAGCAUUCUACGAAAUAUUCGAGAGCUCUUUGGUACCGACAAGGGAGAGCGUAUUUCGAGGGUUUACCUUAGCCACAUAUCACAGUUCCGGCGACAGUUGGAUCAAUGGUAUGAUCGGUGGCUGAAGGAGCUACCAGAACAAUGGCCUCAAAUCGGAUCGUUCCCGCGAAAGGGCACCAUCCUUCACUACAACUUUGCCCAGAUUCACCUCUACUCACACAUUUUUCGUGGGCUCGCCAGCGACGACCCGAUUCCUCAUUACUUCCUCGACUGCGCGUCCAAAGCAGUCACAGCCGCAACCGCUAUUAUCGAUCUCAUCAUCACCGACCCCGAUGUGGCUGUAGGAAUCGUGGGAAUGCCCUCGUAUAUGCUCUCCAUGACGGCGUUUGCCUGCAUGUUCCUUAUCAAGGUUGCCCUCAAAUAUGGCGGGGAUCUUAUCGAGCGUCAGAGAGUGCAUGACUUGACCACUAGCCUGGUACAUCGAUUCCGAUCUCUCAACGCUGGAAAGUGGCAUCUCGCGAACCUCAUGGCUGGCGGCUUGGAGCGGAUGACGGGGACGCUCAACUCGGUUGCGCCAGGGCAAGUCGGUCAAGCACCCAACGGUGUUGUUGUCGGGAACGGUAUCAACGAGAAUAUCGAUCUUUCCAACCAGAUGCCGCCGGGAGAUCGUCCGUUCACCGACAUAGACGGUGACAUGUUCUUCGACUAUGACAUGAGUUUCGGUCUCUCGCCCGUGUUCCGGUUCGAUCCAAGCAUGUUCACCAUGGACGCGUCAGGACAGUCGCUGCCAACAUAUCCAGAGGCGGACUAUGGCAUGAGGCCGCUGCCUUGA